AGUGCGAAAGAGUGGCGUACUAUUGAAUUUUGAGUAUGAUUUUUGUUGGUCUACUCCUGUUUCGAAUUGUUCUGGAAAAGAGUGCAAGAAUGUAACUCAGAAAUCAGUGCAAUGUCGUAAUCUCUAAUACUAGCUUUGUCUGUAUUACUAAACCCAAGAAACUCCAGCAGAAAUCGGUGUUUCCGAGCUGUAUCCUUUGCAAUGAUAAACAACAGCGUGGUCUGUGACCCUUGGCUUGUGGCUAGCGGGUUAUAUGCAUCUUGACGGGCAGAGUGUGCAACCACUUAUUUUACUUCCCGCACUGCCUGUGGUGAUAUUGGAGUCUCUGACGAAGCCAGGAAGCAUGGCAGCCACGAUGAUAGCCCUCUUCGAAAUCGGAACUGAUAAACCUUAUGAUGACGUGGGAACUUAA